GGAAGUAUUUUGAGCGUAAGCGGGGUCACAUUGGUCCAGUUUUGUAAUGUUAUGACAAACAUCGCGACAAUGGAGGCAGCAGCCAACACAGAGGAGAUCCAACUGAGGCACGUGGAGAAAGAUGUCCUUAUCCCCAAAAUGAUGAGGGAGAAGGCCAAGGAGCUCUGUGUUGAGAAGGUUCAAGCCUUCAACCACUGCUGUAAAGACACCGGUUUCCUCAUGGUGUUAAAGUGUCGAGAGCAGAACGCGGCGCUGAAGGAAUGUCUGACGAUACACUACAGGGACCCUUUGUUCUUCGAGCAGUGUAAGCAGGAGUACAUCAAAGAGAAGCUGGAGUUUGAGAGGACGGGGAUCGCAACGAAGAACAGGAAGCAAAAACUACCAGCUAGCAUGUGAGGAGCGGCACGACGGCCGGAUUCCCUCCUUUCGGGAAGGUUGCGGACUGUGACUCCCAGGACCCGUCGCCAUCCAGCAGGAUUAAUUUCUCCUAAAGGCACUGUUUAAAAUCUGCGGAGUGAGUGAAAUGAGUUUUGCUGUGCAAGAGUGGUGUGUGUGUGUUUAUAUAAAUAAAAAAUAAGCACUUUUCUCGGUUCUCUAUAUUUGCAAAAUGUCCUCCAUCAGAUGGCCAGAAUAAUCUUCCGCACAUGAUUGAAUCGAUACAGAAAGAUCUGAUCAUACGGUCACCUGCUGUACCUAAACGCUCCGCUUUGGAGGCGCAGUGAUAAAUUAAGGGAUGCUCAGUACCUGCUGAACGUCUUUUAUAUUGUACAUUCAACGGUGGCACACGCUGUGAGGAAGAGGCUGGUUCGUUGCCUUCGCUUGGGACCUCCUUUGUUACCGUGGAAAUGAGACGCCUCUACAGUGUGUGUGUGUGUGAGAGACCUCCGACAUCCCGACGACCCCUGUGUGUGAUCAUGUGACGUAUGCAAUAAAAUGUGACAUUAAUACAAAAUA